AUUAUUUUUUUAUUUUCCCUUCAGCAAAGUGCUGAAAGAAUUAGAUUACUGAAUUCACCAUCAAAAGAUAAUACAACUGCUUUCUAUGGAAUAAAUCAGUUCUCUCACCUGUUUCCUGAAGAGUUCAAAGCUAUUUACUUAAGAAGCAUACCUCACAAACUUCCCAGAUACAGAAAAGUGCCAAAGGGAUGGGAAAAACCUUUGCCAAAGAAGUUUGACUGGAGGGACAAGAAAGUCAUUGCAGAAGUGAGAAAUCAGAAAACAUGUGGAGGCUGCUGGGCUUUUAGUGUUGUGGGUGGUAUAGAGUCUGCCUAUGCAAUUAAAGGAAAUAACCUGGAAGAACUCAGCGUACAGCAGGUUAUUGACUGUUCGUACAAUAAUUACGGCUGCAGCGGAGGAUCCACUGUUAGUGCUUUGAGCUGGCUGAACCAGACUAAAGUAAAACUUGUGAGAGAUUCAGAUUAUGCUUUUAAAGCUCAGACAGGACUGUGCCAUUAUUUUGGUCACUCAGAUUUUGGAGUUUCAAUAACAGGAUUUGCUGCAUAUGACUUCAGAGGUCAAGAAGAAGAAAUGAUGAAGAUGCUUGUUAAGUGGGGCCCUUUGGCUGUAACAGUAGAUGCGGUUAGCUGGCAGGAUUAUCUUGGUGGGAUCAUACAAUAUCACUGCUCCAGCGGAAGAGCAAAUCAUGCUGUUCUUAUCACUGGUUUUGACAGAACAGGUAGUAUCCCGUACUGGAUUGUACAGAACUCUUGGGGGCCUACUUGGGGAAUAGACGGCUAUGUUCGUGUUAAGAUAGGCGGCAAUGUCUGUGGUAUAGCAGAUACAGUUUCAUCAGUAUUUGUUUGACACUUACUGGCCAAAGACCCCAAGUAUCAUUUGGACACACACUAUAUAUGAAGAUUUACUUCAAACAAACAUCUUCUGAAAUAAGAAAUCGCUGCAAGGGCAAUUCCUACUUUUAGACGGUACAGGAAUGUGUUGGCUGGAGUUUUUAAAAAUGUUUUUUUGGAAUGUGUGUUGCGCAUCAAAUUUCUCAUGCAAUAAGAAGACUUGGAAUCUCUUACAGCAUGAGAAGACAUAGAAUCAACUGCAGAACCCAAAAAGAAGUUACAAAGAUGUAUUGAAACUGUAAAGUGUGUAGUCUAUCCAGGUGUUGAAUACUGCUCUGUAAAAAGAUCUUACAAGGAAAGAAGUGAUGACAAAUGACAAGGAAUUUGGAUCAAAUAAUCAAUAGUAUGACAGAGUAGAAUUGAAUCACUAAGAAGAACCAUGAUUAGGUCUGCUUUUAUUGGGUAGGGAAGAAGGGCAUUUGGAAGAAAAUAUUCUGUUAUUCUUUGAUGCUUGUCUUUGCUUUUCUAGUACCUCUGACAGACACACACAUUUUGUCUUCCUCCUUUUUGUGAAAUCCUACUUUUUGUCUAAAGUUAGAAGAAUAAAGGAGGGAAAUGGAUAGUCAAAGUUGUUUCCUGAGCACCCCCUGUUUCUGAAGUGCUGCAGUCCUUCAAUUUCAGUCUUCAGACUUUUAUUGGGUAAAUAUAACUUCAAAGCUCUUCAGAGCAGAGAGCAUGUUUUGGAAAGUGCCUGGAAUAUCACAGUCUUCUGCCUUCAUUUGUUAGGUGGAUAGAAAAGUAAGAAAUAACUGUAUUUAGAUAAACAGAGGCAGUUCUGGAGGUUUAACAUCCUGUGUCCUGGCAGAAUGUAUGUGUUUGCAAAUCAGACUUUCUGUGCUUCGAGAACUGUAUCAGUUCCAUACCUUCUCUCUUCUCGACUUCAUGACUAACAGUGAAGCCAGUUUCAAAUUAAAACCUUAUUUAUUAUAGAAAAAGUUGUGAGGGUGGCUUUUGAUAAUACCUAUUUGCCAGCUUCAGAAAAUCAGCAAUCACAGAAUAUUCCAAGUAGAGUGGGUGUUAAAUUUCCCUACGUUAAUUGAAUUCAUAGGUAGGACUUUCUGGGAAUCAAAAAAAGGGCUUUGGCUUUGCUGACCUGUAAAACUGCAGUUGCAGGCAAAUGUAACUAGAAUUUACAACCAAAGUUGUAAUUCUAAAAUACUCUGAAUCUUCAUAUGGAAUGCUUUACCUGUGUCUUUUAUGAAGCACUACUAUGAAGCAAUUAUGCAAUUUUCACAAUUACUUUACGAUGUUAAUAGAUCAGUGUGUGUUAACCUUUUUAUGACAAAUGCAAUGAGUGUUCAUAAUUGUCUAUUGCAAGUAUUGCCAUUUUAGUCCUUCUAUUUAAGCAUUAAUAUUUUAAAUGAAAGGAAGACUGAGUGUAAUGUUUUGCUACUUCCUGAAUUUACUGGCUGAAAACUUUAGAUCACCAAAAGGGGAAGCAUUCUGUAGGCUUAUAGUCUUCUGCGGAAUGGUCUUUCCUUGGCAGUUUACAAACCACAAAUAGCACUCUUCCGUAACUGGAAAACAAUAGCCAAAGUUCCUAACUGGCCUGUUGUUGUAGAAGUAUCAAACUCAGAUGUUCCACCAGUGUUCUUGAGGUGGUACUACCAGGCAUGAGUACCCAAAGUGCUAAGAUACAGAGCAACUCGCCAGAAAUUAAGGCCAACAGCAUAUGUGUGUUUCCAAGGGAAGUGUUUAAAAAGACAAGGAGAGUCCAUCUAAUGAGAAGAUGACACAGCUUUAUCAAUAUUCUAUGGCGAAAUCUGCCUUGCUUUUAUUACAUAUCAAUUUAUACUUAUUUCAAUAAUAUUUCAAAUAAAAAAGACUUUAAAUGCAUGUCAUACUGUUGUUUGAACUUUAUGCUUGCUUUAGAGGACUUAACAAAAGAUAAGCUUUAAUACUGCUUUAUUGAAAGUGCAAAGUAAGUAUUGUAUCUGCUAUUUAACAGUAAGUUAAGGGAUUUACAUUCACAUGUAACACAUAGAUAGCAACAUGAUUCUUGAUAUAUGUGGAAGUUCAAGACAGUUGGGUUUCUAUAGAUUGAGGACUUAGUUUUUUAGUUCUAUCUUAACCCAAAAUUUCUUUGAAAUUCCACUAGAGCUCAGAAACUAAUAUUCUUCUGAAGGUGAUGAGACCAAUAACGUCCUCAACUUAGAAGUAAAUUAAUAAUGAACAUCAGGCAAACAAAUACAAAAAUAUGUACAAAUAAGACAUGAUCAUGAUAAUUCUGUAUAAAUUGCUCCCUCUCUCUAGGUGUAGGUUUGAAGAAGCCAGCUAAGAGUUGAAUUGAAUUGGGGUAUCAUUUUAGUCUUAGUAUAGGCUAACUCAGUAUAGAUUAUUUUUUCUACAAACAAUUAAAUUUCUUCCACAAGGUGAUCAUACUAUUCACACAGCUGUCAUAUAUAUAUAUA